AUGGCGGGCGCCACGGCUUUGUUGGCGGAGCUGCUGGCGUCUGUGCCGGUGGUAGCCGAAGCUUGCUUGCAGGACAUGCAGACACUCGGAGAGCUCGCGAGCUGCUGCGUGUCUGAGAAGCUCGAAGAAGGGAAGGAACUCGUGGAGGAAGGCAGGCAGGUGUUGGGCAUGUACGUUCUGACUGGAGGGCAAGUCGCCUUGAAGAGCAGGCAGCACGGGGGCUCAUCGGAGCUCAUGAAGACCAUCCAAGCAGCUCAAGGAUCCUCUCCUCCCAGGAUCCUCUGCCUGUGGCCUGCUCUCACUGGUGACCCUUGCCGCAUGUCGAUCGCUGCCAUGCCGGGCGGAGCUUCGGUAGUCUGCAUCCCUCGCAAGUCUCUCAUCGCAACCGUGAGGCGCGUGCGAUCACUCGACAAGCUAGUGGAGUGUGUCAUCAACGGCUUGAAAGGCGACCAUGGCGACAAGAUCAUCCGGGCGAAGUUGAUGCAGGUGUUCCUGGUAGAAGAGGAGCCGCAGCAACCUCCGCCCAAGGAGGAGAGCAAGACCGAAGGAGAGAACAGCCGAGAGGGAGGAGACGUGGACAUCUGGGCUGUGCCCAUGGAAGCAAUAGGUUGUCACGGUAAACAGCUCGUACUACAGAACCAGGUAGAGCACCUUGCGGCAGCUGGGGUGAGGAAGAUGAGGGAGGUGGCAGAGCUGCUCCAGGAUCUGUAUGAGGAAUGCAAGAGUCUUGCAGCAAGCGAACAGGUACGGAGAAGCCGCGGAGUAUGGAAGGCAGACAGCUGGACUGUCAUCGACCAGAACAUCAGCUGCAUCCUUCAGUUUGCCGGUCAAGCCUCGUUGGACGGGUCGCCGACGCUGGACAAGUCAUUUCCUCCAAUCGCAGGGUUGAUCGGAAACCGGCGGAUCCUCCGCGCAGAGCAGCGAGCAGAGCGGCUAAGCGAGACUGGGAUCCUGAUGUUCGAGAGCAGGUGGAAGGUGGAGGACCAUUCGGAAGCAGGAAAGCUGCUCGAGAUCUCCAGCUCCCUCCUCCUCGAGGCCUCCGACAGUUUCGAGAUCGCGGGGAGGAGAGACCGGUCCUCGUCCUGCCUCAAACGAUCCCGGGUUGCCUCCGGCUACUCCCUCACCCAGCAGGCGCAUGCUCUCUUAAAGUUGGAGAGGUUCGAGGAAGCGAUCGAAUUGUUCAAGAGCGCGAGGAGCCUGCUGCAGUACGAGCCAACAUGGGAUGAAAUCCUUUCGCUGGAGAAGGCGCAGGAGGCGGAAGAACAGUUGGUGCAGGCAGUCUUGUUCCAUGGAAACUGGUGGCUGGGGCAGGCUCGCUCGCAUGCCGUCAGGUUCAAUCGCGAGAAGAAUGUUUACGAGGGGGAUUUUGACAAGGCGGAGCAAGCGUUCCUGCUGAGCGAACAGAUCUUCGCUUCCGUGAGUGCGAAGAAUCUAGAGAUGCAGGCGACGAGUGAAAAGAAUGUGAACAGGAGGAACAACAUCGCCUCAAGACUCGUCGCCAUCGAGCUCCAGCCUCCUCUCAACCUGCAUGAGGAGAAGCAGAAGAUGCGGUACAGGAUCAGCCAGCUGCGCAGCCAGCUGAGAAGGGAAGUGAUAACGGAUGAGGAGUACAGGAAGAGCAAGCGAAGCUUGAUCUCCUCCCUGCAGGCAGAGAUUGCAGCUGAAAAGUCAGCCAAGGUCGUCGCGCUGUCCGGCAUCUUCGAGCAGCAGAAGAACAUGGGAGAUCCUCUUGCUGCUGCCAAGACCAUGCAGCAGGAGGAGCAAGAGAUGACUAAGAUGAACAUCCUGCAGCGACUUGCUGAGCUGCAAAGAGAUCGAUACGGCGACCUAGUCGCGCAGAGAGACUUUCUCCUUCUCUCUCAGCUUCACUACCAAGAGGCCAACGACCCCGCAGGGGCGUCGCUAGCGAGACGAGAGCUCGGUGAAGUUCAUUUCCUCAUGGUGAGUGACGUUGAUACAUCAGCAUGA